AUGGAGCUGCCACGGGCACCCCCCGCCAACGGGGCUGAGCCAACCCGGUCAGUGGGCACCGUCAAAGUCUACCUGCCGAACAAGCAGCGCACGGUGGUGACUGUCCGGGAUGGCAUGAGUGUCUACGACUCUCUAGACAAGGCCCUUAAAGUACGGGGUCUCAAUCAGGACUGCUGCGUGGUUUACAGACUCAUCAAGGGGCGAAAGACGGUCACUGCCUGGGACACAGCCAUUGCCCCCCUGGAUGGCGAGGAGCUCAUUGUCGAGGUCCUCGAAGAUGUCCCAUUGACCAUGCACAAUUUUGUACGAAAGACAUUCUUCAGCCUGGCGUUCUGUGACUUCUGUCUUAAGUUUCUGUUCCACGGUUUCCGCUGCCAAACCUGCGGCUACAAGUUCCACCAGCAUUGCUCCUCUAAGGUCCCCACAGUCUGUGUUGAUAUGAGCACCAACCGCCAACAACCCUCAAGUUUCUACCACAGUGUCCAGGAUUUGUUAGGAGUCUCCAGACAGCAUGAGGCACCCUCGAAUCGUCCCCUGAAUGAGCCACUAACCCCCCCGGGUCCCAGCUCCUGCACCCAGCAUCGUGACCCUGAGCACUUCCCCUUCCCUGCCCCGGCCAAUGCCCCCCUCCAGCGCAUCCGUUCCACAUCCACUCCCAAUGUUCAUAUGGUCAGCACCACAGCCCCCACAGACUCCAGCCUCAUCCAGCUCACUGCCCAGAGUUUCAGCACUGAUGCUGCUGGGACUAGAGGUGGUGGUGAUGGAGUCCCUCGGGGGAACCCCAGCCCAGUCAGCAUGUCCUCGGGGAGGAAGUCCCCACAUUCCAAGUCACCUUCAGAGCAACGGGAGCGGAAAUCCUUGGCUGAUGACAAGAAGAAAUUGAAGAACCUGGGGUACCGAGACUCAGGCUAUUACUGGGAGGUGCCACCCAGUGAGGUACAGCUACUGAAGAGGAUUGGAACAGGCUCAUUUGGCACUGUGUUUCGUGGGCGAUGGCACGGUGAUGUGGCUGUGAAAGUGCUCAAAGUGGCCCAGCCCACAGCUGAGCAAGCCCAGGCCUUCAAAAAUGAGAUGCAGGUGCUCAGGAAGACACGGCAUGUCAACAUCUUGCUGUUUAUGGGCUUCAUGACCCGGCCAGGAUUUGCCAUCAUCACACAGUGGUGUGAGGGCUCCAGUCUCUACCACCAUCUACAUGUGGCUGACACGCGCUUCGACAUGGUUCAGCUCAUUGAUGUGGCCCGGCAAACUGCCCAGGGCAUGGACUACCUCCAUGCCAAGAACAUCAUCCACCGAGAUCUCAAGUCUAAUAGUAUCUUCCUACACGAGGGACUCACAGUAAAGAUUGGUGACUUCGGCCUGGCCACAGUGAAGACACGGUGGAGUGGGGCCCAACCCUUGGAGCAGCCCUCGGGCUCCGUUCUGUGGAUGGCGGCUGAGGUGAUCCGGAUGCAGGACCCGAACCCUUACAGCUUCCAGUCAGAUGUCUAUGCCUACGGGGUUGUGCUCUAUGAGCUCAUGACUGGCUCACUGCCCUACAGCCACAUUGGCAGCCGGGACCAGAUUAUCUUUAUGGUCGGUCGUGGCUAUCUGUCCCCGGACCUCAGCAAAAUCUCUAGCAACUGCCCCAAAGCUAUGCGUCGUCUGUUGUCUGACUGCCUCAAGUUCCAGCGGGAGGAGAGACCCCUCUUCCCCCAGAUCCUAGCCACGAUUGAGUUGCUGCAGCGGUCACUCCCCAAGAUUGAGCGGAGUGCCUCCGAACCCUCCUUGCACCGAACCCAGGCUGAUGAGUUACCUGCCUGCCUACUCAGCGCAGCCCGCCUUGUGCCUUAG